GGAUCACCAGCCUCAGGCAGUGGAAGCUCCCCUGGUAGUGAAAGAGGGAUAUGGUGUGAGAGCUGCAAUGCUCAGCUGACAGAGCUGAAAAGACAAGCACUGAAACUGCUCAUCCCUGGACCGUACUCCAGCAAGGAUCCCUCUUUCUCUCUCCUCCUCCAUGAUAAGCUUCAGGUGCCCAACAGCUCUCGGCGGGCGUGGAACGAACGUGACAGCCGCUGUGAUGUCUGCGCCACUCACCUAACUCAGCUCAAACAGGAAGCCGUGCGCAUGGUCCUCACCCUUGACCAAUGGGAUUUGUCUCCCCCCUCUUCCCCUCCAGCCCUGAUUGGACGAUAUGGAUGUCAAGGACCUUCAGGUCCAGUGGGAGCAUCAGCAGCACCAGGAGGUCCUGCAUCACGAGACUGGAUUCCUCCUUUUCUUCCUUCCUCCUCCUCCUCCUCCUCCUCAUCAGCUGCUGCUGCUGUUUCACACCCGCCUUCACAGUCACUAUCCCCAAGCCCAAGCCAGACCCCAACGCCAAGCCCAAGCCACGGAACAUCCAACGCCAGCCAUGGGAGUCCCUCAGUGGGGCAAACAUCCGGCAGCUGUGCUCCCACAAACCAGCAACCUCAAGGCCCAGGGCACAGACUCGGGUCCAAGCCCAGCUCCCUGGGGCUUGGAGGUGGGGGGGACAGAAGAAAUGGUUCCCCCAGUUUGGGAAAAGUUGGUGCCCAACAGCACCCAGUGACUGGAGUAAACAGCCCUGGCAAUAAUAGUGGUAAUGCGAGUGGAGCAGUACUGAGUACAGCAGCUCUGCAGGCCCAUCAGCACCUGAACCGAACUAAUGGAGGCGUUACCCUCUAUCCUUACCAGAUCUCCCAGAUGAUCUCUGAGGACUCUAGAGACGGCUUGACUGAGGCUGCCCUGAACCGCUACAACACACACUCUCCUUCACACACAAAUUCAGCAUCACAUUCAAACUCUCCUUCCCACACGCCACCUGUAACCACGACAGCUUCAACAACCACUUCUGCUGCUGCCUCCUUCUUUGCCAGUGGCCCUCUGGGGACGGUGGGCUAG